AGUUGGAGGUUAUGUUUGUAGCUGUCGAUGUUGACGUGCAAAUUAUUAGUUUCUUUGUUGCAUUUUCUUAGUUUGCAUUAGUCUACUGCAUUUGUGGCACUUUUUUAAAUGUAUUAUUAUCAAGCUGUCUGCUUUUAUUCGAAACGGAGGGCAGCACGUUUUGUCUGCUGAACAGUAUGUCAACAACUUGCCUGAGGUGGGCUAUGAGCCAGGCAGUGACAGGAAUAUGUCACUUCCGCGUCAGCCCCUGGAGACCACACACCCUGUUCUCGUCCCACAGAGCUGCCCCUUGCAGCGUAGCAGCGGCUCUGUCCACUACAGCAGAUGGAGAAGGGGACGGGGAUGCACCCAGGAAGAAGCAGAGUGCCCACACACGCAGCACUAUUGGCAGUGUGGGAAGGAAGAUACACCAGCGCCAUUUGCAGGUGAUAGGACAUGACGGCACUAACCUGGGCACAAUGCACCGUGCAGAUGUACUGCGACUGAUGGACCAGGAAGGCUUGAAACUUGUCCCCCGCAAUGAAAACAAGGACCCCCCGGUCUACCAGCUGAUGACAGGGAAGCAAAUCCAUGAGGAGCAGCUCAAACUGAGAGAGAAACAGAAGAACAAAGCAGGCCCUGUGCAGGUAAAAGAGCUCACCCUGUCCUCAGAUAUUGGCUCUCAUGAUUUGGACACCAAGCUGCGGCAGAUACAGAGCUGGCUGAGCAAGAAGUGCCAUGUGAGACUGACGCUGAGGAAGGGAAAUGUCAGCGACACAAAGCCACCGGACUCCAAACUGGAAGAGAUUUUACAGCGCAUGCCGACCACCGUGGGCUUCGUCUCCAAACCAAAAAUGAUCCGGGACGGGAAAGCGGCCAUGUGUGUUCUCCGCGCCCCCUCCGAGAAGGAGCUGCUCCAACGGGGGGCGCUGCCAAAAGAACCGAACCAGCCCCCACCCGGUGGUGCGGCAGACGCCGAUCCCACCCCCGACGGCACAAAGAGCAGCCCGCUGCAGCAGUGAACUUUAUUCAAUAAAGUGGUUUGUACAGAA